GGUUAUUCUCUGUGGGUGCACCGGAGCGUCGCUCUAGGCUCAUCAUCUCUUUCGCAUCGGCAGCACAGGGAGGGGUGAGAAACGUCGCUCAGGCGCUAGACCGGAAACGUCUCUAUGGUUUCCCUUUCCGGGCGGUGCUUUGCGAAGGCGUGGAGGGCUUUUCUCCGGCGGCGCUGCCGUGCUCGUCAUGUCUGUCAGCGGGAUGUUCAUCACUUUGCAGGGCGUGCUGACCGCGGACCAAGAUAUCCGCGAGGAGAUUAGGAAAGUUGUUCAAACUCUGGAGCAGACAGCUCGGGAAAUCCUGACAGUACUACAGGGGGUCCACCAAGGUUCUGGAUUCCAAGACAUACCAAAGAAGUGUCAGAAGGCUCGGGAACACUUUGGUACAGUAAGAACACAGCUGGCCUCUCUGAAAACGAAAUUUCCUGCAGAUCAGUAUUAUAGAUUUCAUGAACAUUGGAGGUUUGUCCUACAGCGCUUGGUAUUCCUGGCAGCGUUUGUUGUCUACCUGGAGACAGAGACAUUAGUGACCCGGGAGGCUAUAACAGAAAUACUUGGAAUUGAAGCUGAAAGAGAGAAAGGUUUCCAUCUGGACAUUGAGGAUUACCUCUCUGGAGUGCUGACCCUUGCAAGUGAGCUGUCUAGGCUGGCAGUCAACAGUGUCACAGCCGGAGACUACUCUCGCCCCCUCCGCAUCUCUGCUUUCAUCAAUGAGCUGGAUUCUGGCUUCCGCCUCCUGAACUUGAAGAACGAUUCCCUGAGGAAACGGUAUGAUGGCCUCAAGUAUGAUGUCAAGAAGAUUGAGGAGGUAGUUUACGACCUGUCGAUCAGAGGGCUCAACAAGGAGGCAACAGAUGGUGCUGGUGGAGAGAAAUAAAUCGGGGCAUGUUGAACUGAAUUUAUGAUUACCUCAGUUUUGCUGCCAAUGGAGGAGGAGCUUUAACUGAGCUCUCCAGCAGUAGCCUAGAGGAACCACAAGCCGCAAAACCAUUUCCCCCCCUACUGAAUGUUUAGUAUGUCCACAUGAAAGCACUUGACUCUUCUGUAAAUGCUGACCUAGUAGCUGCAUUAGCAGCAUGAGUUACCAUGUUGUAAGCAAGCCGUUUUGUGAUCUGCAGCCAUAAUGGUUAUUAGCUCAGCACAAGGAGUUGUGGGGAGUCGUUUGGGCCACAGUUUAAUUUUUCCUUCUCUGGUUGUGCUGAGCUUUGCCUUUUGUAAAAUGUAGUGUGAACUAAGAUGGGGGUACUUGGCUACAAAUAUAUUGAUUGUUGAAACACGAUUUGUGUUCAUUUCUACUCCUACUAGUAAUUGAGUAUUGUUGUAUUAAAGCAAAAAAAAGGAUAAUCUGCUCAAUAGCCAUAUAAUUGGGAAUUUGUUUUUGUGUACUUUUUGUGAUACUUUUUGUGUACUUAAGAGCUUGGUUUGCAUAGCUAGAAGAGACCUAGUUUUUGAAUCUUUUAACUUUCUUAGUCUUCUGACUCUCCUAGGCUGCUUAUAGGCAUGGCAUUAAGUGUACACCAGCCAUUUAAGGAAAGCAAAUCCCAAAACAUCUGUUGCAUGCGUUGACUUUAAGCACACACUUGUGGAGGCCAGUAGCCAAAUGCUAAAGUUGGGGGUAUUUGUGUGUGUGUGUGGGGGGGGUACUUGUGCUCCUAUAGAUUCCAGGUGACUUGUUUCAUAUUUCCAUCAUUUUGUAUUGCAUCUCUUUGUAAGACCUUAGGUAGCAGUAAAGAAAGUAUUUGGCUAGCAAGAGGUAAGUUAUUGCCCUUCUCUUGAUCCUUAAACACACUUACUUGGAUGCAAAUUCUUUUGGUUUCAUUGUGUACAGAGAAUCGCAGCCUUAGUAAUACAGCGUCUAAGUUGUGGAUACAAACCAAACUGACUGGUCAUUUGUAUGUGUAAAUCUCUUAUGUGUCAGUGCUGAAUGCCCAUCUUCCAGAUCAGAUUUGCAUACGCCAUUUCUUUCUUCAGUGUACAGUGUCGUUUUUCACGUUAUAUGCUUUGUUGGAUCCCCCGCCCAAAAAGUUUUCCUUUGAUAAGGAUCACAUCCAAAGAAUAAGAAAAUCUUCAUCCUUUACAAAUCAGUAGCUAUAAGUAACUUUGUAAAACUUUUUGACUUGUUCUGGUUUUUAAAUGUUCACUGGGAAGAAAAUGCCUUCAUUGUUAAUGUGGGUAAAUAAAGAGAACCCUGUUCUUCA